AUGGACAUGCUCAACCAGAUACUCAGCAUUAAUAAUGGCGGCGCCUAUGGGGGCGGCAAGGCUGGCGGAGCCUUCGAUCCACUCACGUUCGCCAUGAAGCCCCAAGUUGUCAUAAGGGCGCUCUGCUGGCUCUUUUCAGUUGUGGUCUUUGGCUGCAUUUCCUCCGAAGGCUGGACGGAGAAGGAGGGCAAGGAGUACUGUCUCUACAAUGGCGAUGGCAUGGCCUGCAAGUAUGGCAACAUGGUAGGCGUAUUUGGUUUUUUGGCCUCCAUGGGCUUUAUGGGCGGCGAGUUUCUCUUCGAGCGGAUGUCGUCGGUGAAGAGCAGAAAGCGCUACGUCAUGGCCGACUUGGGAUUCUCCGGCUUGUGGGCUUUCAUGUACUUCGUGGCGUUCUUGUACUUGUGGUCCCAGUGGAGCUCGUCGCCGCCACCUCCUCUCGGCAUUGGAGCCGGCAGCAUGCAGACGGCCAUUUGGUUCUGCCUCUUCUCGAUUGCCACUUGGGCCCUGUGCGCUCUGAUGGCCUACAAACGAUUCCUGAUUGGAGCCGGCGAUGAAUUCACCUCGGCUUUCGAGACAGACCCCGCCAACGUCGUGCACCAGCAGGCCUACGGAUAUGCCAUGGACAAUGACAACGAUCAAUACAGCGCCUCGCCCUUCGGCCAGGGGCAGCAGGGCGGCAUGGAGCCACAGCAACAGGCUGGCAUGGAGUACCAGCAGCCCACCUAUUAAGGCAUUUCCACACCUGCUCCUGCUCCUACUCCCACUCCUACUCCGUUGUCCACACACUUGAGAGUACUUGGGUUUUUUUGUAGCGCGAAUGGCAAAUGUUUUACACGACUACUAGCAAACACAAAGCGUUGGCUUUUACCAAAUACACCGAUGACGAACAUAUAAAACCAGUAACAGAAACAAUAACGAUACCAAGUAAUACAAAUUACAACAACAGCAGCAGCAGCAGCAGCAGCAACAGCAGCAUUUGCUUUAGCCACAAGAAACAGGAGAUAUACAAGCAUACAUACAUAUGUAUAUCUGAAUAAUACGAAUAACUUGAGAUUGAGAUGAUAACUGAUAAGCUAGCCCCCUAAGUUGAGUGUGCAGUUUUUUGUAGUGGAAAUUUGUUGCUGUAUACAGAUAUACAAAUAGCUAUUGCCGUAUAUAUCCUAGGACAUCCUCGGAUAUGCUUUCAACGUUGUUAGUUAUUUAGUGUUUACAUGUACUUGUACUCGAAUACGGUAUUUAUUACGACUUUCAGUUGUGCCAGGCCCUGGUCCCCCACAGCCACAGCCACAACCACAGCCACAGCCCCAUAUCCUCAGCUAGAGGGAAGGCAUGAGGUAUUUUAGAUAAAUUUACACACACACACAUACAAAUCGGAUCCACAGCAGAGAGAGACAGCAUCAGAGAGGCAAUACGAUAGGCAACUUACGAGAAGAAGAGGGAAGAGAACUGCUCAAAUCACAUAUCCAAUAGCCAUCGCGGGUAUGUAUAUACUCGAAUUGUAGUCUUAGGGCCAGGGCAGGGCCAUCGCUUGGUUAGAAAUGCAAUAACUAUAAUAUUAGCGCCAAAACAAAUGUAAAUUCUAAACUACAAAAUGUAGAACUGUUAUGUGGAGAGCUGUACCGGAAACAUAGCUUGAGACAACUGCAGGAAUAAAGCAAAGAAUUGUUAGAGCGACUUGCUUUCAUCCAGGCUUGUGCCCUAACAAACGAUAUGUAUAGUAAACCUAAAUACAUAUGAAUUAACUUGAGUAUAUAUACGCAUAUGUGUGUCGGAGAACGUAAGAAUAUUGAUUACAAAAUAGAUGUUCAGUUAAUGCAACUUGCAAUAAACUACAACAAAUAUUUGUUAAACCAAAACCAUAUAUAAUAUAUUAUAUAUAUUUCUGUAUUGUAUUUGUAAAGCGAACAUUAAAUUACCAGUUAAUGCAACACAAGCAAAAGGAAAUCUCAGUAAACAUGUAUACAUAUACUAUACUAUACUAUACUAUAUAUAAUUAUACACAUAUAUAUACCUAAAUUAUUCAUGUAGAAUUCGUGUGCGUUCAAAUGAUAGAAAUACAGCAAAUUAUCGUAUUACUCAUACCCGUAUUUAGAAAGAAAACAAAAAACAAACUAUGAAGAACAACACAAACCGCAAGAGGAACUAACCCGAAGACCCCGAACACUUGUGAACCAUAUUGUACCAGAGCAAAUCCUCAAAUCCUCUUAACUGAAAAAACCAAACCCAAAUAAAUAUAAAUAUUUUUAAAAACUA